UUAUGGAAAACGAUGAAAGUAAUUCCAAUAGUAAUCUAUUGUUUGCAAAGAGAAUGCGUUCCGCUUUUAAUAUUCAACAAAUCGUUAAAAGAAUAGAAAGCAAAAUGACAUACAAUUGCUCGGGAAAGAAUAAUGAUUUCUUCGAGAUGGCUGUAAGACUUGCAGAUUUAUUUGGAGAUGAUGUAGUGGUUGAUGGCCUUGCUAUUGCUGAAAAUGGACUUGUAAGGAUUGUUCGCGAUGAUGAGGGUGUUUUCCCUUUGAUUUAUGAGGUUUGAUAU